AUGGACCAAGCAGGGCAGUCCACACGUUCUCCGAAGAGAUUACAACGUUCCCAGACCCAUCCUCCUCUCAGGCCCGAGCCGUCCAAGAAGCCUAGCGGUGCAGCUAAAUGGGGUCGAUUGCGAUCAUUACUUCCAAAUGUAAUAAGCCACACCGUUUCAACACAGACCGCUACACAUUCUGUGAUUACUCCUCAUCAUGUAAAUAUUACAGACGAACUCAUCACCGGAGGACUAUCAACUCUCAUGCUCCGUCUGUGGUUUGAAAGAGACGAGAAAGACCAUCGUCGCAUUCCGUUACUCCUCCAUCGCCUUCGCAUACGCAUCAGUGAUAGUUUGCACCCUUUGCAUGGGAACAAAGCAGUUUUUCGUAUCGAAUGUGAAUAUGCAAAUGGUGCAGCAAGAUGGGUAAUAUAUCGACAACUUCGAGAUUUCAUAUCUCUCCACACUCAUUAUACCAUCGCAAACGCAUACAAUCGCAACAAAGAUGCCUUACCAGAGUUCCCUCGAACCAGUUUGCCUUACUUCAAAUUUCUCAAACGAGAGAGUAAAGGUGGUCAAUUACGACAAACAGACUUUGCUCGAUUGCAAAGAGAAGCACUGGAAAACUACUUGCUGAGUCUUUUCCGCGCUGUGAUGUUCCAUCCUACUUCCAAUCGUCUGGCAGGUUUUCUCGAAAUUAGUGCUCUUUUUAUAUCGCUAGCUCAAUCAGGUGGUGCACAAUAUAAAGCUGGUUUCCUCCGCAUUGAGUCCAGUAGCAAAGGUGGUGCCUCCUUGGGACGCAAAUCUGCCCGAUGGAGGGAGAGAAGGGAAUCAAGAUGGUGUGCAGUGCGAGAGAGUUAUCUGGUGAUUCUGGAAGAACCGGGAGAGCUGGCUAUUUGGGAUGUUUUUCUGCUUGAUUCGGAUUUCAAGAUCGAACGGCCCACUCGUUACUAUCGGAAAGGAUUGCAUCUCUUGCAUCCCGAGCCAUUGGAUAAAGAUGUCAAUGCUGCACAGGUCCACAUUGAUACAGAGGCCGACUGUUUAUCUGUUAUAGACUCCUUCAAAAGCCGACUCUCGGUGGCUUUGCGAAGGCAUCCCAAGUCUUCGUCCCAUAUCAAUGAUCAGCAAAUGCCUCAAAUGCGUCACGAUGUCUCAAAGCAUACAUUCUAUAUUGAGAAUUCACAGAUGCGACUGAAACUAUUUGCCAGAAAUGAGCGACAAAUGUUGCAGUGGAUUACUGCACUGGAGAGAAUCGCUUCUGCAUCCCAUUACAGUGGUAAUAAUCGAUUCGACAGCUUUUCCCCUAUCCGAUUGAAUGUUGCUGCUCAAUGGCUUGUCGAUGGCCGUGAUUACAUGUGGAACCUUUCGCGAGCAAUUAUGCUGGCACGAGAGACUAUAUAUAUUCACGACUGGUGGCUCUCCCCUGAAUUGCAAAUGCGCCGACCCAAUAAGGAUAAAUACAGACUAGACAAGCUACUGGAGAAGAAGGCAAACGAGGGUGUGAAGAUUCACAUCAUUCUUUAUCAGGAAGUAUCCAGUCGGACUACUCCAACGGACAGCAACUAUACCAAGCAGCGACUAACGUCGCUGCACCCAAAUAUUAUGGUUCAACGCUCUCCUUCACAUUUCCAGACGGGAACUUUUUACUGGGCCCAUCAUGAAAAGCUAUGCGUCAUUGACCAAACUAUCGCAUUCAUGGGGGGCAUUGACCUAUGUUUUGGAAGGUGGGAUACACCUCAGCAUGUCCUCGUCGAUGAUAUUGAACUAUCGUCCGAGAAGGCGGAGAUAUGGCCUGGCAAGGACUACAGCAACCCUAGAAUUAUGGAUUUCCAUACAUUGAGCAAACCAGAAGAGGAUAUGUAUGACAGAUCAAAAGUGCCUCGAAUGCCUUGGCAUGACGUUGGUAUGCAAGUUGUCGGGCAACCCGCCCGCGACUUGGCUCGUCACUUUGUGGAAAGAUGGAAUUACCUAUUGAGAAUCAAGAAUCAUACCAAACUCAUGCCUUUUUUGCUUCCUCCUCCUGAGUUCAAGCCGGGAGACUUGACAGCAAUGGGUUUGACUGGGACUUGCGAAAUGCAAAUCUGUAGGUCUGCAGGUCCAUGGUCGUUGGGAACUCCAGGGCGUAUUGAGCACUCAAUACAAAAUGCAUACCUUAAAGCGAUUGAGCUUUCGGAGCACUUUGUCUACAUUGAAAACCAGUUCUUCAUAUCUUCUACUGUUGUCAAUGAUGUCAAGGUCGAGAACAUGAUUGGAAAUGCACUCGUUGAUCGCAUCAUUCGGGCACAUCGCGAAGGAACUCCUUGGAAGUGCUGUAUUAUUAUACCUCUAUUACCAGGUUUCCCCUUUCCUGUUGACCACAGUGAUGCCAGUGCGAUUCGUAUAAUUAUCGAAUGUCAAAACCGCACUUUGUGCCGCGGCCCACAUUCUAUCUUCGCCCGCUUACGCAAGGAGGGCAUUGAUCCGGAUGAUUAUAUGUCUGUUUUCUCUCUGAGGAAUUGGGCGAAAAUGCGCGGCAAUGUUCUGACGACUGAAAUAGUUUAUGUUCACGCCAAAGUGUGUAUUGUGGAUGACCGCCUUGCGAUUAUCGGUAGCGCAAACAUCAAUGAACGGUCCCAAAGAGGGGAGCGAGAUUCCGAAAUCGCUGCUGUUAUAAGAGACACUGACAUGAUCAACGGAGUGAUGGCAGGUAAACCUUUUAGAGUAGGCCGAUUUGCGCAUACCUUGCGAAUGCGGCUGAUGCGAGAGCAUAUUGGUGUUGACGUUGAUGCCAUGAGCGAAAAGGAAUUUAUGGCUAAGGAAGCACCAAAACCAGAAAACGAGCACGAGUGGGACCCUAAUAUGGAACAGGAGUACGGGAAGGAGGGAGAGAUAACACAGGCAAAACAUGAGACUCCUAUCAGGAACAUGCUGGCUACUGCAACAGAUGGAAUGAAGCAAACUGCACAUGUAAUAGGCGAUGCAGCGGCUGAAACUACUGCCAGAAAGCUUCACGAGCCUCUAUCCAAAGUCGAGUUUCACAAAGUCAACACUCCCACACAAGAUGCAUCUUUACAGGAGGAGCGGAUGACCUAUGGUCGUGAUGGGCAGAAACGCCCUGGUUUUGCUAGUUCGAUGGUACCAACGUUGGAGGAAAAAAUGGUAGCGGAACACAUUCCACCUGCUUCGCAAGCUCACGGAAAGCCAGCCGCCGGUGAGGUAAAGGAGAAUGGUAACGCCAUCCAUAGGAAGGAGCCGACGGAAGCUCAUACAGCUGAUGGAGAGGCUUUCGGCGCACCUGCCCAUGCGUCCAAGGAUCCUCAAACAGAUGACCAGCCCCCUCAUGCUGAGUCCGGUGUCAAUGACGCCGACGACACGGAACAAGCUGCUCCUAGCGCAAGAGCCAUAUUACGAAAACACCUUGCUAGCAGGCUGGGAACUAAGACUUGGACUAUGCCUACUCCUACUCCUAAAGUGGACCCUGAAGGUUUCGAUGAUCCUGUAUCUGACGCAUUCUGGCGGAAUGUGUGGGUUGCAUGCGCAGUUCACAACACUGAAAUUUACCGGAAGGUAUUUCAUGCAAUACCAGAUGACCUCAUUACUACGUGGAAGCAGUACAAAGAAUUUGUGAUGCACCAUGAACGGUUUAAUAAAAGACAAAAGGAUAGUAGCACCCCAGAACCAGUUGCGCGAGUACCUUCUGAGACUGCGUUCGAAGAUGGACCCUACCAGAAAGGUGGAGUUGCUGAUAAGGCUGAGGCCAUCAAGGAAGACGGGUUGGCGCAAGGUAAAAAGAGCGAAGAGAGUUCGAAAGAUAGCUUUCCCGCACCUGCGAACAUAGCGGUGAAUGAAAAGGAGAAGGAAAAAGAAAAUCGUGGCCGUAAGCCCACGAAAGGACUCGAACCAUUUGAUAAAGAAGAGAAGGACGAAAUGGAAGAAUUAUUAAACCAAUUGCAAGGCCACUUGGUGAUAUACCCCACUCGUUUCCUCGAGGGGGAGGAUAUAGCAGAGAACUUCUUGUUCAAUGCUGACAGAAUCAUGCCUCUUCCUAUCUAUGACUAAAAUUCUUCCCUAAGUUUACAUCACUGCACUUUUCUUUAUAGUUAAAUCGGCAUCAAACAGUGCUUGUAUUAUUUCAUUGAUGGACGGUGUCACAUGGAUCUUCUAUCGUUUUACAUAUCUUGAGAGUACAAUGCUUAUCUUCAUCCUUACGACGGUUCAAUCAGGGGACAACGACGUCGAAUAUUAAUUUAUCUUGAAGUUGUGCAUUGCAGGACGCCAAGAACCCAACGUGAGCUUCAUGAGGACGGAAAAUGUUCAAGUCCUCUUCACUGUCGAAGAUAAUGAUGACACCCUCUUCCCAUCCUUGGCUGAAAGCGCCGACAGGUUUCGUGAUUCCUAUAUGCAUGUCUUUCACCUGGGGAAUCUUGGCCAGCAGAGCAAGAUCAUCUUUGAUUUUCUGCCUGGCCUCUUGAGAAACCUCGGGCUUGAGUUUCCAAAGAACUACGUGAUGGACAGUCAUUGUUGGGAGUAAUAUUGCAUGCUCACACAAAAAUCAAGACCAUAUUUAUACU